CGAACUAAGUCUACCGGAUGAUUGAUUCGGUUGAUGUCGAGAUGUUAUUUGCAUGCGUUUUCGUAUCAUUCUAUUAGGUGCAGUUAUUUUUGUCAUCGCGUUUCUUAGGCCACCUGUCACAGUGUUUACGUAUUCGUAGGAGGCGGAGUGUUGUGGUGAAAGGCAGAAUUGCCAAAUGGAUUUAAUUGAGUGAUUUCAUUGUAGGAAUGUAUUUGUACUCAUUGUUCUUAGAACAGUCAUUUUUAUGAUGCAUGUGCCAUGUCGAUCUCGUCGAGAGACGUGUGGCUGGUUAGUUGGAUGCUACUUGCCUGCCUCAUAGGUGAUCUGACCUCAUUACAAGCUUCAAGUGGUUGUAAUGAUACCAUGGAAGGCUGCCUCAGAUGUCAAGCUGACGAUAGUGGUGGGUCUAUUCACAUUAAAUGUAUUAAAUGUGCUCAUCUCAUUGUAAUGGGCUCAAGAGAAUGUGUGGAAUCUUGUCCAUUGGGAUACCGAGAAGAAUGGUCAUCACAAAUUGAUUACAUGGGUCGAGUGUGUGCAGAAGGCUCUCUUCUUCUCAGUGCCCUUGCCUUGUCCGGCUCAAAAUUGUCUAUCGUAGUGGGGGUGCUGUGUGGUGCAGCAAUAUGUGUUCUGUUACUGGUCUUAGCCGGACUACUGCUGCGCUUGCGUCGCUCUAGAUCUUCUCGUCACUGGAAGCAAGAAGAACAGCACCUGUCUGCUGGCUCUGCUCAGUCAACCAUCAGUAGACAUAGUCAUGGUGACGCAGCUGAAAGAGGAGAGUUUUUGAAGCAUGUUUGGACACUGCGCCCUGAAGCACCUGUAUUUUUGGCCAUGCUCAAUGACACAAGACGUCAAGUGAGAAGUCUGCUCCAAGCUCAUUCUAGUAAACAUUCUGCAGUUCAAGCUUAUAGGCCUGUCCUCAAAGAUUUGUCUCGUAUUUUGAUUCUUCUGAAUCGACGUGAUGAUAGCAUCACUUAUCCUCCUGAUGAUUGGCGCACUCUCUUAGGGUGGGCAGAGCGUGUUCUGCGACGAUACAAAAAACACAAACCACAAGAGGUUGAUCAGCUUGUAAGUUUUCUCCAAAUUCCCAUGCAGACCAAUGUGUUUGCUUGUCAGUUAGGCAGUGCCCCCAAAUCAAAUAGCCUCUCCUCCUUUCAGCCCCCUUCGCCUUCCUCCCCCAACAGUCCACAGCCAGUCACCCCUUUGGGCGUAGGCCCUGCCAGCGGGGACUGGAGUGAUUCCUGCGCUGAUGACAGCUUGUGGGACUGCACAGCUAUGAAUGAAUGGCCAAGUGCAAGAGAAUUUUUGGAUGAAGACGAUUUUCUCACACUCGGUUUCCGUCCUCAAGAUGAAAUUACAACAGAACUCUAAUAGAUCUGAUUCUGAGUCAUCUCAGAGAUUCUCAAAAAUUAUUUUUGUACAACUUUUUAGAUGCUUAUUUUUGAUAUAAGAAAAUGUGAUUUUAUCACUCGGUUAUAUACAGGAUUAUAGAUCUCUUUUACCUACUAAACAUUUUUACACUUGAACACUAUCUGAGAAGUGUUAUAACUUUUUCUUGCUUAGUCUUCUUUAUUAGAGGGCUGAAAAGCCCAUUGUUGUGUGUUGAAGCCAAAGGUGUAAUUUUGCUAUGGCAAAAUAAAGACUGGUGCUAUGCUGGAAUCCUUUUAAAAAUAUUGACCAGGACUGCAUGUUUAGGGGACAAUAGAGGCUAGAAUGGCUGUGGAAUGAAUAUUACUCUCUAUGUGUAGUUCAAACUAUACAAAUUUCUGUUUCUUCUAAUUGUUGAGUCUUAAAAGCAAUACCUUGUGUUGUUUUUUUUUCUAAAUUAAGUGUCUAAAGUAUUUAACUUUGGUGUUUAAGUAUUGUGUCUAUUGACAUGUGUUUUUCUGUCAGUUUUUUUUUUUUUUUUUUUUUUUUCUUGUAGAUUCAGUGCUGGACACAACCUCUGUACCUCAUUUCUUUGAAAGCAUUGAAGAUGUGCCCUGCACUGAAUGAAGUCCGUUUAUCAUGAAAUCAUGUCACAAGUAUUUGUCUGUCAAAUUUUUACUACAAAUAAAAAGGCAAAGAGCCUUUAGUAGCAUGUAGGUGUAGUAUUUUUCCUGUGGCCUAAAAUGUAAUUGAGUGGCAGUAAGCACACAUUAUUUGUGUGGCCAUGACUUGUCUCAUUGUCUGUUGAAAAUGAACUACUUACAAAUUUGGUUGAAAGUUGAGUUGUACUGUAUGAUGUGCCUUCUUUGUCUACUAUUGAUGUAUCUAUUAUACCUUCAAGUAAGGUUUAUUGAAAUUGGGCUUAUGGAGUAAUGAUUGUCUCAAGAAUCUUUGUAUUAGCUGUGGAUUGUUUUUGGUCAGAAUCUUUACUUGCACUUAGUUUGCAAUCUCAGUCUGUGUUUCUAAUGAAUUGUCUUGAUUUUUUUGUGUGAUUUGUCUCAUUUUUCAUGUGUUUGUUGAACUUUGUUUCUUUUAAGAUACUUUUAAGGAAAUUAUCUUGUCUAAAUUGUCGCAUGUUUGUACUCAGAAAUAUUGAAAGGUCACUCAGUAUUUUUAGGUUCUUGAGGUUACUUAUUUUUCACAAAAUGAUCAUCGUAUUUGCUAAGAUUUUCCUUGUUGUUAAUUUGAAAUUUUAUUGGUCAGAUAUUUAUUUUGUUUUUUUGUCUGACAGUAUUUUUAGGAGUAGUUUGUAAUGAUUGUGAAAGCAUCACCAAGUAUGGGCUCAGUUUGUGCCUUUCUAGUAAAGAAUCCUGAUAAUAGUUCUGUCACAGAAGUUCAUAUUGUUUACUUAGUGAGAAAUGGAUUUAAAAUUGACACCAAGCCAAUGUUUGAUGGAUGAUGACGUCAUUUGUCACCGGGUAGGAAUGUACUGGUCAGUUCACUAAGAAUUCUUAUCAUCAAAAUUGACAGUUUUAUCAUGCAGCAAUUUUAGUUACUAAAGGUGUUUGCCCGAUGCUCUUUAUAUAAUGUUUCCAUUAUAUGUGGAUACGUCUAGUCUUUUAGUAUCAUUUAACUUCUCAAUUAUGCUGUGACUCAGAUAACAUAAUUUUGAGAUGGUAGUACAACAUUAUUUAUGUUAAUUGUCUAGUUGUGAUAUUUAUUGUUAAUGGCAUGUUUGCUAUGUUCAUUUGUAUCAUACUGGUGUUCUCUACAAAUUAACUCAUUGUUUGUAUCAAUAUAUAGUCACACUAAUGUUUUAUGUCAAAUGUACAUUACCUUGUACUAGCUGCAAGCGUGUCUGAAUAUUAAGAAAGCAUUAGUUCAUAUGUUUCUUGGGUGCUGAAGGGUUUUUUAACUAACCUUUACAAAAUCUUUUCAUAAAAAUUGUUUAAAAUUUCAGGGAUUUCUGUCACAGCCUCAAUUUGCUGCAAUGAAAUGUUCACCUCAGUAUGUCUGCUCACAUUAGUACUAAAGUUUCAUAUUCAGGUGGUGGAUGUAAUCCUUUGAGCUUACAUACCUAUUACCCCUUUUUUUCCUGAGCUCCCUAUCCUUAUUUAAUAAUUAUGAUUUAUUGUUCAAAUCUAAGAUCAAAUGAGAUGAAUGCUGUUUGCAUCUGGCAUCUGAUGUGUACCUUCUAGUAUUAUUAGAAGAUGGGAGCUACAAGCUCCUGUUGUGAUUCAUCUAAAAGUGAAUUAUUAGUCUAGCUCUUACUCAAGACCUACUGCUUGUAUUGUCAAGUUGCAGAGAGGAAUAUAUAUGAGAAGACAUUGGCAAACCUUAAAUAUGUAUAUUCAUAUGUAUGUUAUCGUGGACCAGACAAGGACUUAGUUAUUUGAUGUAAUGAGUCACAAUGACCUGCGCGUAGUAUGGUGAGGUUUGGAUAAAGAAUAAACUUUGCAUAUAAAACGUC